AUGAAUUCAGCAGUGAAGAAUCGUCGAGUAGAUCGUAUAUCUAUAUUAUUACAAGAAUAUAAUAUUGAAAAAAUUAUUCAUAUUAAAGGUCAAAACAAUGGCUUAGCCGAUUAUUUAUCUCGUCAUUCAAUACAACAUAAUGAAGAAAUUUUUGAUGAGGAUUAUGGUAUCAUCGUACAAAAAAAACCAGGUCGACUUAGUUCGAUUCCAACUCUAGACGAACCAUUUCAAUUAAUAGGUAUUGAUUAUUGUGAUCCGUUCAAACCAACACCUCGUGGUAAUCAAUAUGUAUUAUGUAUUACUGAUUGUUUUACAAGAUGGAUAACUGCAAUAGCUUUACCUGAUUGUUCAGCACAAACCACAGCUCAAGCAUUACUUAAUAAUUAUAUUUGUCAAUAUGGUGUACCAUUAACUAUAUUAUCUGACCAAGGUAAUCAUUUCAAAAAUCAACUUAUGGAAUCUAUGGCAAAAUUAAUUGCUUAUAAUCAUAGUUUUUCAAGUGUUUAUCACUCACACAGUAAUGGGAUGAUUGAAAGUUUUAAUGCAACAUUCGUCUCUCAAAUCGCCAAACUUCAAGAUCGAGAAAAUAACAAUUGGGAUGAAUUCUUAUCACCAGUAACAUUUGCUUACAAUACAGGCGCUCAUGUAACAACUAAUUAUUUACCAUUUCAACUUCAGUUUGGUCGAGAACCACGUAUACCUACUGAUGAACCAUCAUCAUCAUUUAUUUUCAAUAAACCAAAUGAUUAUUAUGUAUUGGCUUGGAACAUAAUUAUUAGUAUGUCAGAUCAACAUCUUCAAUAUCAUUUACAACAACAAUAUCCACCAUUUACAAUACCAACAUCGAAUUAUAAAGUGGUACAUGUGAACAAAUAG